CCUCUCAGGGCCGCGCGGGGCCCGGGCGGCGGCGGCGCGACGCCGCGAGGAGGAGGAGGAGGAGGAGGCGGGGGUCCGUGAGGCCGGCCGGCGCAUGGAGGAGGAGGCCAUGAACGGCGACCGGACCGAGAGCGACUGGCAGGGGCUGGUGAGCGAGUACCUGGUGUGUAAGAGGAAGUUGGAGAGUAAGAAGGAAGCCCUGCUGAUCCUCUCCAAGGAGCUGGACACCUGUCAGCAGGAGAGGGACCAGUACAAACUCAUGGCCAAUCAGCUCCGGGAGCGCCACCAGUCACUGAAGAAGAAGUACCGAGAACUGAUUGAUGGCGAUCCAUCACUUCCUCCUGAAAAAAGGAAACAGGCUAAUCUUGCACAACUGCUGAGAGAGUCUCAGGACCGAAAUAAACAUCUGGGAGAAGAAAUUAAAGAACUUCAGCAAAGGCUCGGAGAAGUCCAGGGUGACAACAAGCUCUUGAGGAUGACGAUUGCUAAACAGAGGCUUGGAGAUGAAGAAAUCGGUGUGCGACACUUUGCAGCCCAUGAGCGUGAAGACUUGGUUCAGCAGCUAGAGAGAGCUAAGGAACAGAUUGAGUCUCUGGAGCACGACCUGCAGGCUUCUGUGGAUGAGCUUCAGGAUGUUAAGGAAGAACGGUCUUCCUACCAGGACAAAGUGGAGAGGCUCAACCAGGAGCUGAACCAUAUCCUGAGUGGGCACGAGAACCGAAUCAUUGACGUGGAUGCCCUGUGCAUGGAGAACAGGUACCUUCAAGAGAGAUUAAAGCAACUCCAUGAAGAGGUCAACCUCUUGAAGUCAAACAUUGCCAAAUACAAGAAUGCUCUCGAGAGACGGAAAAACUCGAAGGGCCAGGGUAAAUCCAGCAGCAGUGCUCUGACAGGAGUCCUGUCUGCAAAGCAAGUUCAGGAUCUGCUAUCUGAGGAUCACGGAUGCAGCCUCCCAGCUACUCCGCAGUCCAUUUCUGACCUGAAAUCUCUGGCAACAGCCCUGUUGGAAACAAUCCACGAGAAAAACAUGGUCAUUCAGCACCAGCGGCAAACCAACAAAAUCCUAGGGAAUCGGGUGGCUGAGCUGGAAAAAAAGUUAAGAACUCUGGAAGUUUCUGGUUUGUGGAGUCUUCCAGGCCUGAGCUACAAUGUUUCAGUAGGAUUUGGGAGAAGCAAGGACACCAUACUAUUCAGUGACCCCACUCUUCCUAGUGGACAGAGGUCAAGAUCCCCACUGCUGAAGUUUGUUGAGCAGCCCUCUGAGAACAGAGUGGACCCCAAAGAUGGGGAGGCUCAGAGGCAAGAAGGAGAUGAAAGUUGUGCCGCUGCUGAGGCGUUGACAGCGCCUGAGGAUGCUGGGAGGCCCACUGUCAACUCCCCACCAAAUCAGAGCUGCGGGGACCAGAGCAAGCUCUUUCAUUCUCCGUUACCCCAGUUACCUUCUGAGGAAGAAGUAAACAGCCUUGGAAGGGAAAUAAUUGAACUGACAAAGGAACAGGCAGCUGCAGAGCUGGAAGAGGUCAGAAGAGAGAGUCCCAUAGAGGGUCAGAGGAGUGAGACGGGGCCCGCCCCGCAGGGCCUGGCCGCCCCCGGGGAGCUCCCCACAUCUCACCUGGACUCCUUCGAGGCCAGCCAGCCAGCAGCCGAAGCUCCCUCACUGGAAGAUGGCGAAGGGAUCCCAGAGGGCACAGGCACGAGGAGCACCGUGAAAACCUGAAGGGGAGAGGGAUCUGACGCAGUGACACACUGAAAGCCCCAGAGAGGGUCAAGAAGGAAGCAUCAGAACGGCGUGCCCACGUCGCCUUCUGAAACACCUCCGAGUCUGCAAGUGAGAAAACGCUCUGAUCCUGUUGCAAACUAUGAAUAUUCCGAUGAUGCCGGUACAGUUUGAUUUAUUAAAUGGAGGUCCUAAAGCUUCUCCAUGGCAUCUCUCUGCGGAAGAGCGCUACUGUGAACAGGGCCAGGCCCAGGAACUGUGUCCGCCGUAUGGCUGGUUUUCAGCAUCCGUGUUUCUGUCAGCUUUUGUUUUAUCAGAGAUAAGAUGUUUUUGUAUUAGCAUUUCAUGUCGUCAAUCAAAAUUACAGGAAGAGCUAGAAACUGAUGGGGUUUUUAAUCAGGUCCCUGACUUGGUCAAGGUUAGGCAGCUGGAGAGGAAAGUGUAAUUGAGCAGAAUGUGUUCAGAGGGCCCUCGCAGCCCAUCAAGUUAGGUCCCAGUAGGACCACCUGGCAAGGGUGUGCCUGGCAUUGUGCCCACGGCACUGCUGUCGUGGGGCAGACUGGCAGGUGGAAGGGACCUUGAGCAGGCUGAGAAGGUUGGGCUUCUGGGUUGAUCCACGGCCCCUGUUGAGGCCUGUGUGGUGAGUGCCAGAGCUGAGUUUUCCAGCUUGUAAAUCCGGAGAAUUAACUGAUCUGAAGUGAUUGGGAGGGGUAGGCAUAAACGCUGGAGAUCAGGACUCCCAGUGGUGAUCUGGUUUUUUGUGAGGUGAGAUGAGAUGAGAGCUACAACCUGGAAGUGCUCGGUCUCUGCAUUCAACCUGUCUCACACUGGGAUUGUAUGGCCAGUUUAGGUUUGGGAGAGAUCUACUUGCCGGGAGCCAGUCUGGUUUCCUGGACCACCUGGAACUUCCAAACCCUUCUUCACUCCUUCAACAAUGUUGAGGCUGCCUCAUUUGUGCCACCAAGUGUUGGAAUUUUAAAGACCAGACACAGAGUUUGUGACCUUAUAAGGGAAAGAGAGAGGAAAACAAAACAGCUUCACUGGAGCCUGGCAAGGAGGCCUGUGGCACCACGGGCACAGUCCAGGGUUGGGAAAGGAGGCCAUGGUCAGUGCCACCUGGUUCUUUCCUUUCGGAUAAAAAUUAGAUUUUCUAGAUGGCAUCCAGCACUGCAGAAAAUUGAAAGAUCAUCCAGCCAUAGCUUUUUCCUUCCCUGGAAAGCCUGAGACUAGAUCCCAAAGCUCAGAAUGCCUCUGAGAACCAGAAUCACUCCUUUGAGAGACCCUCCUUGCAGGAAAAAGAGAGGCUCCCAGAGCGGCAGCCUCUCUUAGUGAAAAUGCAUCCUAGAAAUUCGAUGUUUAUCCCAGGCUUGUGGCACUAAGAUGUGACAUCUGGACACGAGGGGCCGGCCACACAGAUACAUCCCUCCCACAUUGCAUCUCCAGGAAUCCUCUGCGAGCAGAAUGGUAGCCCUAUCACUUUCUGUGCUGCUCCUCUGAAGUAGGCCCAAGUGGAGCCCAAACAGACCCAGGCCUUUGUCUGAUGCACACUGGCUGGGCCUCCCACUACUUUAGUUGAAAAGGGAGCAUGCUGCUGUCCGGGCUCUGUUGCUCCUGGUGAGAAGGACAUACCAUUGACCCCACCUACCACCGGCUCUAAUGUUUCAUCCUUUUGUGUCCCAGCCCGUUCCCUCCCCACCAGGCCCACCCCGACAGCCUCUCCUCAGGGGAGGCUGCUCCUGCAGCUGGAGGGCUUGCACAGACCAGCAGUCACAGAAAUCAUUCUUCCUGCUGGACUGGGCCUUAACUGCCUGCAAAUGUUCAGCACAACUGCAUAGGAUACCAGAGCCACCAAAGGAAAACACAGCCAAAUUUAAUA